UGGAACUAUAUUGCCUGCAUCAUUUGUAACAUAAGUGUGUCUUUUCUUUUUUGGACAUUAAUGUGGAGGUCCAAGAAAUGCCAGAUACUCUUGAUACUAUGAAAUUGAGUUUGAUUAAUUUCUAAGCAUUGUUGCAAUCACUUAUUACAUAGCAUAAAAAAUGAAUAGUUUUCAAGAUGCAGCCAGCAUGCAAGAAAUAGUGGAACUUGGAAAACUUUUGCGUCAAAAUGGGGAUAAAGUGUUAAGCGCAUCUAGCAAACUCUCUUUAUCCACUACAUUGCUCUACAACUUAAAUAAAGCUUUUUCCUCGAUUGUGGAUAAACCGGAAGACUUAGAGUCUUCGUUUCAAGUAUGCAACAGUUCGGAGAUUGAUAUAUUUUGCCAUUUGAAGUUUUUACAUGAUUUUGUACAGAAAACAGUCGGACUAAAAGUGACUUGUUGCACAAAUAAUACCAAAAUCCCUGUUGAUAUUACAAAGUUUAAGCAUUUAAAGUAUUUGGAAUUGAAGAAAAUUAACAUCGAAUCUGUAAAAGGACUGCAAAGUGUUAGAGGUCAACUUGAAAGUGUUAUUAGUGCUGGAAGGAAAGGAAUUUGUACAGUGAGUCAAUUAUUAGAGAGUUGUGGUGGAGAUGCUGGCAUUGGAUUUCUCUGGAGUUCAUUAAAACAUUUAGCAUUGCCUCAUAAUGCUUUGGAACGAUUAGAUGCAUCCUUGGAACUGGCACCUUGGUUACAGAUAAUUGACUUGAGUCAUAACUUAAUCACAUCUGCCGACGAAUUAUCUUGUUUACCUAAUUUAAAAUAUGUCAAUCUUGGAUACAACAAGCUGGACACAAUACCUGUAUUCAACAAGGCUGCAUCUCAUUCUUUACAAGUAUUAGUUUUGAAGAGCAAUUACAUAGAAAAUUUAAGUGGUUUACAAAAUUUGGAAUAUUUGCAAGAAUUAGAUUUAUCUUUCAAUUGUUUAAUGGAACACUCGACAUUGUGGGUACUGGAAAAAAUGUCCACUUUAUUAUGGAUAUUAUUAGAGGGCAAUCCAUUAUCGUAUCACCCGAAGCACCGUCUAGUAUCUAUUAAAUAUUUGCGCCCGCGUUUCAGCUUGAGUAAGUUUGUUUUAGACCAUCUGCCCCUGUCUAAAUCAGAGAAGCAAGUUAUUACAGAGAACCGACUCUUUACAACUCGAUCUGAACAAUCUAUAUCGAAUGAAUUUCUUACUUCGGUAUCGAAUUCGUUGAAUUCUAGUAGCUUGUCCGUGUCUGUUACUGCGCCUACUAUGAAUGAAUUCGACGGAGCGGAAAAGUCGACGGAGAAUAGUUUCGAAAAAUGUUAUUCCAAAAACAAGAAAAAGUCAAACGUGAAGAAAGCUGUUAUCACGGAAGAUGAUCACGGAAAGAAAUGUUUAAACAUAAAUACUGAUCACUUGGAGACAAAAAAACAAAUUUUGGCAUUAAGAAAACAGUUUGGCGAAGAUAAGUGGUUAAGCAGUCUGGGUGGAACGAUUGUUCAGGAUAUUAUGGGUUUUCAACCUUCCUCGUAUUCUUCGUUGACCCCAGAUGGAACAAGUGCUGUAUCAAGUACUCAAGAUUCUAUAGUUGAUGCAAUUGAAAAUAUUCAAGCUGAUGCUGCAGAGAAUUCCGCGUGUUCAACGAACGAAAAUAAUGAGACCAGUAGUAGAAAAGAAUUAAACGUGGAAAACGUAUCGGAAACACCAUUGAGUGAUACAACGAAUACUUUUGUACAAUCUGAACUACACUAUGAUCUGUACCAUCUGGAAGAAGAAACUGGAGACUUGUAUUUAGUUCAAAAGAAGAAAAAUGACGACGAAUUAGAAGAAUUAUUCUUGAUAAUAACAUCAGCUGACAUUAAAGAGAGAGAUUCGGUCACUGGAAAAUUAAAGUGCAGUUGGUCAAUAAAUUCUGUGUUAUCGUGUGUUCUGGGUAGAAGUGAACCAGUUACCGUAGAUAUAAUUUUUGAUACAACUCGGGAAACUCUUCAGAACAGGAGAUAUUUUACAGAGCCAGACGAUGCAAAGAAAAUAGUGACAACUGUUGGUGAAAGAAUGAAAAAACGGCCAAUAUCGUUGAAAGUUUUUAAAUGUAUGAAAUGUUCAACUCAUUUCUCUCAGGAUACAGAAUAUGUUACUGUAUUAAGAGCAAAGCAACUGAAGUGUCCCACUUGUGAAAGUACUUUAGUCAUUGAAACGGACGAGUUGUCUACAGUGGACGUAGAAAGUGAUGUUUCUGGAGGCUCGUUGGAGCGUUUAUUAUCUAAGGACGAAUAUUCGGAGAACACAGCAAAGACUAAAUUACAACAUUCUGAGUCUUAUUCUAGCAUUGGUGGAACGGAGGUUGGAGCUAGAUCCGUCACCAUUUCUCUGGUGCACUCCGACUCUCACACCCAAGCUCAAGUCUGCUGUUCUGCCACAAGUUUAGAAGAAUCUAGAGAAUCAACACCAUCCACGAAUGCGUUGAAUAAAAAAUAUGAAAGUGACAUAGAGAUACUUAGCAAUCCAAGUCAGAGUAGCAUUGAAGUACUGGAUGAAGCCUCGAGAUCUCAUUUGACACCACAUAGAAAACGAUCUUCGGAAGAAAGACGUGCUACUGCUGCUGUUGCCCCAUCUCUCCUAACAAUACCAGAUGCAGCACCAGUCAUGGCCGGUUUAACCGAGAGUAGUUCUUCAGGUUCAUUGACAGAUAGUAUUUGUACAGCGUAUGAAAAUAAAAUAAUUAGACAAACUAAUGCAGAUGAGAAAUCCCUUAACAGUAAUAACGACAAAGAGAUCAAAUUCGCACCUGUAACAAGUUUAACUUCUAUGCUAGGUGGUUUACUUCAAAGUAUAAAAGUUGGGAGUAACAAACCAUUAACGUUGAAAGCGAAAGAUACGUCGCAUUUCUUGGACAAUAAUAUUCAGUAUUCUUACACAGAUUUCAGCACUAUAGAUCAUAGAGUAAAGUUACAUAUUAUCUUGAAUAUAUUUGAACAUGAAAACGAAGAACUUAUUUUUCUCCUUAGGGCGGACAUUCUUAUGCAGAAUUCGAAAGAUACAUUUUCUGGUUGUCUGGUUUUGUCCACAUCAAAAGUUUAUGUUCUUAAAAUCGAUGGUUUGGAAGGAGAAGAUCCACAACGUUGGCUACACAAGGAAAUCAGUUGGACAAUAGACAGACUAAGAUCGUUUGCAUCAUUGCCAUUCAAGCAGGGUGUUGUGAUCGAGUUGGAACAGCCAAACAAAGUAAACGAUGAACUACAGUCCACCACGAUUACAUUUUUAUGCAUCCUGCAAGAUUUUCAAAGAACGUCUAAUUUUCUGUUUUACAUUACCGAUUUAUCUUUACCGCCUAGUUACGAAGUCGAAUUCACAGUACCAGAGCACUGCACCGCAUUGAUGCAUCGCUUACUAAAAAAUUGCAAGAAUCAUCAAGACGGUGAUGCUAUCAGAUUGCUAGCACUGUUUUCUUCUGGCUUAUUGAAGUAUCGAGACGUUGAAGUGCAAGAGAAACUGUCCAGUUUAAUCGUAACUGCAUCCGUUUUAGCGAUAUGCAACAUGCAAUGGCUUUUACCAGGCAAUAAAGAAGUACCAUACGUAAUAAAGGAACAAGCCAUGAGCAAUUUAAUUGGAGUAGAACAUUAUAGCUCGUCGUUGACUCUGAACUUUUUAGACGAAGUUGCGGAACAGGACGAAUCGUGGGUUCUAAAUUUUGUUUCUGUAAGUGCUGCCGAAACAGUUAUUAAUUCUGUACAAUUACCGUGGGAAGAAUUGUUCUCGAUUCCUCUGCAAAUUACAACCUGUAAGACGCAGGACAGAACAGACGGCGCAUGAAACCGUUUCCAAUACACGUGAUUCUAGUCGAAUUAAGUACACCAAGUCACCAUCAAACGAAUGCACUUCGUUAAUCGAUCAAGUUUCUAAUAUGUUAAACAACGAGAAUGUACAUAUGUAUAAGGCAAGAAGUGAUAUGUCAUGAAAGACAACAAAUAAUGCAGAUCUACAAAAUCAAUUGUCUUACUAUGUGUAUAUUCAAUGAAUUGCCUCGUUUGGUUUUUUAUUCUACUUUAUUCUAAUGUAGGUACAUCU